UUGUUGUGGGGUCCGUGGGGUGCCCAGGGCGGCGCAGCGCAGGAGGGUGUGUUAUUGUAGGGUCUCCCCGGAGCCCGGCCCCACCUCCCCUGCUGGGGAACCCCCAGGCCGCCCCUAGCCCCACACCGCGGGGCGUCCGCUCCAGUCUAUGGGGCAGGGCGUGUCUGCCCCCCGCUCCCUGCCUGGCGGGGGGAGGCGAGGCCGGGCCGGGCUGGGCUGUCCCGGGCCGGGCUCCAAGCUCCCCCCACAACUUCCCCUUCCCGGCCCAGCGGCGCCGUGUCCCACCCGGCCGGGCGCGGGGAGUCGGGGGCCGCGCACCCCCAGGCCGUGGGGCGGGGCGGGGAGACCCCUGGCCGGCACCAUGCAGAACCUGGCUGGCCCCUUCGCCGGGGGCACCUCGCUGGACGCCUCGGACCUGCAGGUGGAUGGGGACGAAGUGGACGGGCUGCGGGAGGGGGAGGAGCCAGGGGGCCCGCUCUACCCCUUCCUGGCGGUCUAUGACCUGAAGCCGCUCAAGUCGCAGGGGCCGGUGUUUGCCAAGGGGGUGCCCGUCAUCGCCCGGGUGGAGGGCACCGAGCGGUACACCACCGGCUCCAAGAUCCGGCCCAGCACACUGUACUCCCUGCGCCUGACCCACGGCGAUUUCACCUGGACCAUGAAGAAGAAGUUCAAGCACUUCCAGGAGCUGCACCGUGACCUGAUGAGACACAAGAUCUUCAUGAGCUUCCUGCCCCUCUCCAGGUUUGCUGUCCAUGGGUCCCGCGCAGAGGCCACCUCUCUGGAGAUGCCCGCCCUGCCCCAUGGGGGUGAUGGCACUUCCAGACGCCCCUCCAGCAAACAGAAGUACCUCGAGAGCUACCUGAACUCCCUGCUGGCAAUGUCCUUCUACCGCAACUGCCAUGCCAUGGCGGAGUUCCUGGAUGUCAGCCAGCUCUCCUUCAUCCCCGACCUGGGACCCAAGGGUCUGGAGGGCAUGAUCCUGAAGCGCUCCGGUGGGCACCGAAUCCAGGGGUUUAACUGCUGUGGGCGCCACCAGAUCUGCUACCGCUGGUCAAAGAGGUGGCUGGUGGUGAAGGACUCCUUCCUGCUGUACCUCAAGCCGGAGUCGGGGGUCGUCUCCUAUGUGCUGCUCUUCGACCCAGGAUUCAGGGUCAUGGUGGGGAAGAAACCCACCGACAGCAAGUACGGGGUCCGCAUCGAGAACACCGCCAGGACGCUGAUUCUGAAGUGCAGCAGCUACCGGCAGGCGCGCUGGUGGGGGCAGGAGAUCACGGACCUGGCCGAGGAGCAGGGCAAGGACUUCCUGCACCUGCACGGCCACCAGGCCUUCGCGCCCGUCCGCGAGGGCUCGCCCACCCGCUGGUUUGUGAAUGGCGCCGGGUACUUUGCGGCUCUGGCUGACGUGCUGAUGCAAGCGAAGGAGGAGAUUUAUAUCACUGACUGGUGGCUGAGCCCUGAGCUCCACCUGAAGCGCCCGGCGCAGACGGACGACUGGCGCCUGGACAUCCUCUUGAAGCACAAGGCGGAGGAGGGCGUGCGGGUCUGCGUGCUGCUCUUCAAGGAGGUGGAGCUGGCCCUGGGCAUCAACAGCGGCUACAGCAAGCGGGCGCUCACGCUUCUGCACCCCAACAUCAAGGUGAUGCGCCAUCCCGACCACGUCUCCUCCGUUGUGUUCCUGUGGGCCCACCACGAGAAGCUGGUGGUGGUGGACCAGAGCGUGGCCUUUCUCGGGGGGCUGGACCUGGCCUACGGGCGCUGGGACGACCACCGCUACCGGCUCACCGACCUGCCCCCCCACCCCAAGAGCGGGGUGCCCCUGGGGGAAGAGCCCCCCGUUGACCUGGCUGCCAACGAGCAACUCUGGCUGGGCAAGGACUACAGUAACCUCAUCACCAAGGACUGGGUGCAGCUCGACCGGCCCUUCGAAGAUUUCAUCGACAGGACCCAGAUGCCCCGGAUGCCCUGGAGGGACGUGGGGGUGGCUGUGCAUGGCAGAGCGGCCCGCGACGUCGCCCGCCACUUCAUCCAGCGCUGGAAUUUCACCAAGACGGUGAAGAACAAGUACCGGGGCCCGGAGUACCCCUGCCUGCUGCCCAAGUCGCUCGGCGCCGCCCACCGCCUGCCCCUCGCCGGAGCCCAGCCCGCCAACGUGCAGGUGCUGCGCUCGGUGGAUCGCUGGUCGGCCGGGACCCACGAGUGCUCCAUCUACAACGCCUACCUGAGCCUCAUCCGGGGCAGCCAGCACUACAUCUACAUCGAGAACCAGUUCUUCAUCAGCUGUGCGGACGAGCGCUCGGUGCUCAACGCUGUGGGGGACGCCAUCGUCAGCCGCAUCCUGCACGCCCACAGAGAGCAGAAGCGGUUCCGGGUCUUCGUGCUGCUGCCCCUGCUGCCCGGCUUUGAGGGGGACAUCGCCGAGGGGGGGGGGAACUCGAUCCAGGCCAUCCUGCACUUCACCUACCGGACGCUCUGCCGGGGCGACUCCUCCAUCCUGUGCCGCCUGAAAGCCGCCAUCGGGGACGAGUGGAAGAACUACAUCUCCAUCUGCGGGCUGCGCACCCACGGGGAGCUGAGCGGCACCCUCAUCACCGAGCUGGUCUACAUCCACAGCAAGAUGCUCAUCGCCGACGACCGUCGGGUCCUUAUCGGUUCUGCCAACAUCAACGACCGCAGCCUGCUGGGGAAGCGGGACAGCGAGCUGGCCCUGCUGGUGGAGGACACGGAGCUGGUCCCCUCGGUCAUGGGCGGGGAGCCCUACGAGGCGGGGAAAUUCGCACUCAGCCUGCGCCUCGACUGCUUCAGGUCGCUUCUGGGGGCGUCGAGCACCGCCAGCCCCGACAUCCAGGAUCCGGUCAGCGACCACUUCUUCCACGGCGCCUGGAAAGCCACCGGCCUGGCCAACGCCAACAUCUAUGAUCAGGUGUUCCGCUGCCUCCCCACCAACGCGGUGCGGUCGCUCCGGGCCCUGCGGGAGUACGUGGGGGUGCAGAACCUGGCCUGCGUCAGCCCGGAGCUGGCCCGCCAACACCUGGCCCAGGUGCGGGGCCACCUGGUGCAGUUCCCGCUCCAGUUCCUGGCCGAGGAGUCCCUCCUGCCCCCCCUCAACAGCAAGGAGGGCGUGAUCCCCGUGGAGGUGUGGACCUAGCCGCCCGUGGGGCUGGAGCGCUGGGCCCCCUCUCUGCCCUGGGAGUGCAGCUCCGUCGCCCCGCAGCCCACCCCCUGCUCUGGGCACCCCCGGCUGCGACAAGAGCCCCCCCUGCACCCGGCCAGGGGGGCUGGGACCCAUUCUCUGCCCGCCCAGGCCCCCGACCACACCGACACUGCUGAGUCCCUUUACAGCUCAGCCCCUCUCCCUGCCCGUUUGCACAGCCCCCCAACCCCUUCCUGUAGGUCGCCCCGAGGGCAGGGCCGCCCGGCGGCUCAGCAUGCCACUGGCUCGGCCCUACAACCAGCCGCCCGGCCCGCCCCGCUCCUCGCCUCCCUCCGUUCUGCCUUUGGCGCCCCACCCCGGGAGGGGGAGCGUCCCCCGUCACUACAUUCCAGAGGCCGACUUCCCACAGGAGGGGGGCGCAUCGCUCCCCCCCGGCCCCCCGCUGCUACUAACUGCUGAGUGUCACCCCAGCCUCGCCCACUGGGCACCCCACCCCGGCCAACGGGAGCCCUCGGCUGCCGGUGCUUGGCACCGCCCGGACCCCCAGAACACUACCGGUGGCCGGGUUCCUCCCGCGAACCCACAGGCCCCCCAGCGCUGCCCUCGGGGGCCGAACCACGAAGGCACAGCCGGGCUGGGAGGCCGGAGGUGGGCAUGGGAGGGCCGCGCGCACGCCCCGGGAUCUGGAGCUGCUAGGUCAAAGGUUUCACCGCCAGUGGCAUGCCCUGAGCUGCAGGGCGGGCGAGGGGGGUCCCUGGGGUUUGCUCCCUGGCGUCCCCGUCCCCCGGUAACGGGACCAGCUCCGCGCCCUGCUCCUAACCUGCUUUUCCGAGAUGGUUUGUUACAUAAACGCGCUGAAACCUC